GCAACAUGUGAAAUAACCAGAGUAGCCAUCCGCGCCGUUAUGCGAAAACCCCAAACUUCCUUUAAUGAGCCCUCAAAUAAAAACCACAAUUCAUCCUCUUCUCUAUCGAUAACUGUAAUGGUUACGAUGAUUGAUUGAGUAGUAGUGAAAAAAAUUUGGAAAAUUUCUUUUGGGAUUAAGGUCUUGAGAUUUUAGAAGACACGCUUCAUCGUGUUGGCUUGCUUGAAAUUAGUCCAAGAUUUGAGGUUCAAAAAGAGUGGAGGAGGUGUUGGAAGGAAGCUGAUAUUGUGAAUUUUGUCGAGUCUUGACAUUGACCAGAGCAAUUUAGAGCUGGAGUCAAUAAAGGUCAUCAAUAUAUCACUGCCAAAGUGAACAAUAUGGCUUCGCACAAAGAGCUGCCUAGAACUGCCCAAAUUCACCUUGUGAGUUCACACCAGGAAGUUUAUGAACCAUGUGAUGAUUCUUUUGCACUGGUUGAUGCUCUUCUAGCCGACCGCAAUAACCUGUUGGAACAUCAUCCAACAUUGUGCAUGGAGAUUGGCUGUGGUAGUGGAUAUGUCAUUACUUCCCUUGCUCUUAUUCUUGGGCAGGAAGUUUGUGGCAUCAACUACAUUGCAACUGAUAUCAACCCACAUGCAGUGAGAGUGACCCAUGAGACAUUGGAAGCACAUGGGGUUGGUGCUGAGUUGAUAGUAACAGAUAUUGCAUCCGGACUAGAGGACCGGCUAGCAGGGUUGGUUGAUGUUAUGGUUGUGAACCCUCCUUACGUGCCUACCCCUGAAGAUGAAGUGGGUGUUGAAGGUAUUACGUCAUCUUGGGCUGGUGGGGAGAACGGCCGGAGUGUAAUCAAUAAAAUUUUGCCUGUUGCAGACCGUCUUUUGUCAGAAAAGGGAUGGCUAUACAUGGUCACCCUCACAGAAAACAAUCCUUCUGAGAUAUGCCAUCAAAUGAGAAAGAAAGGAUAUGCUUCUAAGAUUGUUGUCCAAAGAUCCACAGAGGAAGAAAGUCUCCAUAUCAUCAAGUUCUGGCGGGAUUUCGAUACUGAAGCAAAUGAAACAGACCAAUCUGCUUCUGGGUUCAUAGGCUUGCUUACACAAAUCCCUCUACUUUCAUAUUGGAGAGGCACCAAUAGCGACAAUAAUAAGUGUUGAACGAAAAAGUAAUUGAUUUCCUGAUACUGGGAUAUCUUUCUUAUCUUGACCACCUGAAUGUUUUGCUUAGCCCUGUCAUUCAGAAUGCUUAUAAAUAUAACAACCAAUUCUUUCCUCAUUAGCUGGGAGCUCAGCUAUAUGGAUCAAUUGACGCCGUUGAACUUUAUGAAAAACUCAAUAUUCAAUAAAAACCACUUAUAGAAAGGUCUUUGUUAGUACUUAGUAGUUUCUUCUGAUAUUUUCUUUUAUUUUACCCUGUUUAAUUGGACCAUCGUCCAUUUGAUCUACAAAACCCAUCCUAGGAAGCUUUCAUUCCCAUCUUCUCAUUAACUAUUAUCCUUACUUUUUCUUGGAUGCAUUCAUUUCUGGGCUUGGCUUCUGUUA